AUGAUAUUCAAUUCAUUGUUGGACAACAACAGCAAUGGACUUGACAUUGUUUGUCUUGGGCUGUCCUCCAAGUACAUGUAUUACAAAGUGGACCAAUUCUCAAUGUGGUCAUCAUCAGUACAACAACAAACUAGUACAACAACUGCAACUAUAAAGACAGCUUCAUAUAACGACUUGAGAACACCUGGGGUUUUAUCAACAUCUCUCAAUCAACUCAGUCUGGCGGGAGGUCCAUGCAUCGAUGUUCCACUCAGUCAUAUACCUCCAUCAUUAAAGACCCUGACACUAGGUGGCCAUUUCAAUCAGAAGAUCACACCUCAGUGCCUCCCCCAGUCACUCACCAGUCUGACCUUUGGCAACUCGUUCGACUCGGACAUCUCCCCCGGCUCCCUGCCAGACUCGAUCACAACAUUGAAUCUAGGUGGCAGCUUCGACUGUACAAUUCUUCGUGGUGUCCUACCAGCCUCGCUCACUCAGCUUACGCUGGGGUACUACUUCAACAGAGAGAUUGCCUGUGGAGUUCUGCCAGACAAGCUCAAAGACCUGCGAUUUGGAUACAUGUUCAACCGUCAUCUCGCACCAAGAUCCCUACCUCAAUCACUCUUAUCGAUUACUUUUGGCUUCCACAAUGAGAAGCCAAUCAAACCUGAUACCUUACCUGGCUCACUCACAUCUCUCACACUUGGAGGAUGCUUCGAUCAUCCCUUGCACUCCUCUUGGUAUCCACGCUCAAUCACCAAUCUGAUUUUAAGCGCCAACUAUAAGCAAGAUAUUGAACCAGGCAUACUCAGCUCACUCACAUCACUUUCAUUCUUUGAUUGUUCAUUCCAAUAUGUUUGCAAGUACUACAACAACAACAUCAACAACACUUCACCAAUCAGCGCACAAACAAACAACAACAUCAGACCAUUGAGAAUGAUCAACUUGUAUCAAGACACUGGAAAUGCAGUGCGAACAAUCAAUUCAUUGGUCACAAGUUUACCACAUCUUGCCGACUCGUAUCAAUUAGAUGUACAAUCUCAACAGUGUACAUUGGACCACCAUCACAACGAGGUAUACUCUGGCGUCUUGGUAUUACUCGCGCGCCAAUCUUUGGCGGCCUAA